AUGAUCGUGACCGAUUGCAUGAGACUGGUGGUUCCCGAAACGCUGCAAUCGGACAUCUUACACCACUAUCACACUACGUUGGAAGGAGAGGAGGACAUCAAGGAGUGGGGCGAACCUACCAGCGGAUCAGGGAUCACUUCCAUUGGAGGGGAUUAUACCGGAGCGUCCAGCGAUAUGUGGGGGAAUGCGUGGAUUGCGAAACAGGAAAAGGAAAACCGUUCGUCCCGAUCGGCCCAGACGGUUGCAGGAUCGUACGAGGAGUGCGUAUUUCGGCUAUUUGGUGCCUGUGAGAUGAUCCGGCACGAUCGAGAACCCGGCUUCAUGUCGGAUUUCUUCCGGGCGUUUAACAAGGUCUUGGGACAACGGCAGCGAGCGACGAUGGCAUAUCGGCCACAAGCCAACGGAACCGCUGAGAGACUGGUGCAGACCGCGACCAGGGCGCUCAAGAUGUACGUCCGCGAUCUCGAUCAGAAGGAUUGGGACAAAUAUGCUGAGCGACUCACCUUCGCGACCGAUACGGCUCACGACCGGAUCCAGGGAGAUAGGAGAUACCCCUCACUACUUGGUGCAUGGGUGGGAUCCGAGAUCGACAUUGGAGGCUACAGUGCCGAUCGAGUGAAGGAAGGAUACGCGCGGAAGUUGGCUCACCUUUGGCACGGACCGUUCCGUGUCGCCGAGAAGAUCAACGGAUUCAGCGUCAAGCUCGAGAUCACAGGUACCGGGUACCAGAUCUUCCCAGUAGUGCACGUGUCGAAGUUGAAAUUGGUCAAGGAUUUUCCGGAUCGGCCGCGAGUGGAACGUACGGUAGAUGAGGCGGAUCGUCUCGAUUUCGACGAGAUCUUGCUCUCAGAGGACAGUUGGGUCCCGGAUCUAGGGAUCGAUGAGUUUGAAGUCGAGCGGAUUUCUGACGUGCGGAGUGGGAAGAAGAUACGAUUUGGUCGGAUCUAUCGAGAGUUCCUGGUCCAUUGGGCAGAAUAUGAUGAGCCAACCUGGGUCGACGAAGCUGAUCUCAACUGCGGGGCAAUAUUGAACGCCUUCCUGCGAGAACGGGCCAAUCGGAAUCGCUUCAAUGUGAUGCAAUCACAUGAAGAGAUGUAA